UUGAAAGAAAUCUUUUACAUUUACUAAUUAUCAGAUUAAGUUUGUGUGGAUAUGAUUUAGUGUAUUUGCAAUUAAAAUUGAUAAGAAAAUGUAGAUAAAUAAACUAUAAAUUAUCCAGAGCUUCAUUUUUUUUUUGUUUUUUUUUUUUUAAUUAAGAAAGAACACUGUGGACCCCGAUAACCAAUCCGAUAUAUUAGGGGUUUAUAGAAAAUAGGACAAAGGGCACAUCCGUAAUUUAAAAGUCAGUCAAGGGUUGAUUUUGAAGAGGCAGCCGUUAUUCUGUUUUCUUUUACCUCCCAAAGAAUUCUCGGUUCCAUUCUCUCUCUUCCAUUUCCAAACCCAACGGAGAGAGAGAGAGAGAGAGAAAGAAUUGCAGAACUCCAAACGAUGGAGAGAAAGAAACAAUAAAAUUUGACAAUGAUUUCAAAUUUUCGAGAGCGAAAUCAUUCACGCAAUCAACAAAGGGAGAAUUUCUCAUAUAUGUAAUGCAAAUUUUCUACUUUUUUCUAAUUCAAUUCUCAUUUUCUCUCCGGAUUUUAGCUUUUCCUUGAUUCUACGUAAAGGAAAAGGAGACGAGAAGGAAGAGAAAAAGAGCCACACACACACAUAAAAAAAAAAUCAUCAAAUGAUUUCCAAUCCAGAUCUCAUAUUCUAUGCUUGCAUUGCAAAGGGACUCACAAUCCUUGUGGAAUUUUCAUCCUCCGAAGAGCCGGGAAUCGAAGACAUAGCUAAACAAUGCAUAGAGAAAACCCCUCCUCACCAUUCCAUGUUCUCUCACACCAUUCGCAAGAAGACCUACACCUUCUUAAUCCAUGACCCUUUUGCCUAUUUCGUCAUUUUCAAUGAAGAUCUCCAGAAAUCUGACUCUCUCUGGUUCUUAGACCGUGUGAAGGUCGCUUUCGAGGAGUUAAUUCUAUCCAAUCCCAACAAAGAUGUUGAUGAGCUCACAAUGCUUUGUUUUCAAGACCACUUCUAUCCAACUUUUCGCGAAAUACUUCAAUUGGAUGUAGAGUUGGUGGAUUCUUCAUUGGGGGUACCCGAGGAUAAUAGGACCCCAAGUUUGGAUUCGACAAAGGAGAAGGGGUCGGUAGUGAGACCCUUGCUUUCGAAGCCGGCUAAACUAUUGGUGAAGAAGAAGAAGAGACCAUUAGGUUGCGGUGGGGGUGCCAGUGAUGGAGGAGGAGAGGCAAGCGGGGAUCAUCAUAACUUUAAGAAUGGUGGUGCUAGGAUGGAUAAUAAGGCGAAUCACGUGGGUGUGAAUGGACAUGUUGUGGUGAACAGGGAGUUCUCAGUUUCCAUGACGCACAAGAAUGGUGGGCAUCAUUUGGGUGAUAACAAGCACAAGGUUAAUAAGACUUGGAUGAAGCUAGUGUGGGUGAUUUUGAUAUUGGAUGUGGCUAUUUGUACUGCUUUGUUUGGGAUUUGGUUGUUGAUCUGUAGGGGUUUCAAAUGCAUUGAUGGUUGAAUUGAGAUGUUUUGAUAGGUUAUGGUGUUUUACUUGUAAAUUGGUCUUCUACAUUGAAGCUUCUGCAUCAGAUACCAGAGAACAACAUCCAUGGGGUUGUAAGAAAAAUUAUUGUACAUUGGUUGUGGAGUUCUGUGUGGUUUCCACCGGUAAUAAUAUUAGCUUCUCCGAUGAAAAACUCUUUUGCUGUUAAUUUCUGGACAAGUUUUGAAGAUCAUAUCAACUUGUGAAUAUUUUCUUGUAUUGCCGUGAACUGUGAAUAUUUGUAGCUGUCGUUUUUAACGUGUUUUUGCCUUCUGCUUGCACAAGCAGAAAGUUAAUUAUUUUGUUUAUAGAACAAGCCAUUUUCCUAAAACUUUCAUGGUAUUAGCUGCGACACAAUUAUUUAUUUCC